AGUUCACACAAAACUUCGUUCGGAAGAGGUAGCGUUUUUGCGGCUCCUCUAGUUUUGGCGUCCAAAAGUAGUAGUCAAACAGUGAAUAUAUUUUACUUGCAGUAAUUUUGCACAUUCAAUUUGCGUUGGAAAACCUCCCGAGCGGAGUGAGCUCAUUGUUUGUCGGGCAUGCAAAAGUGAAGCCAUUGCGCGAGUGCAGGUAUCUACCUCCUAGAAGUGUUAUUUGUGCAUCAUCGCCGCUGCCGCCGCCGAUCGUGAAGCAGUAAAAGAAAAACAUUGUUUCAAUCGUUAUACAUAUUCAUGUGCAUCGAAGAAGAGCUAGGCAAGAAAAAAUAUCAAGUUUUAUACAAUAUACCCAUUGGCGUCCGCAGUAUCGUCGUCUAGUGUUAACGUUUUGAGGUCAGUGAAAAUGUUCGCCGAUGCUGGCUGCUCCAGUUGCAGUAAGAGCUAAGCUUCGUGCAAAUCUUUGUCGUUGUUGUGGAAAGUGGUGGAAUUGACGACGAGAGAAGUUCGAGCAAAGACGAACAGCGCCACAACAACAGGAAGAAGCAGACCGAAAACAGCUUGCGGCAUCGCGGAUUAUGAGCUCAAGCCGAUUGCCGAAAUUUUUGAAACCGGAUGACGAUUCCUUCUCGUCAGAACGUGACGCAGCCCCGUCCGAUGAUCACGUAACCUCGUUCGUCUUCAACGCCCACCAUUCGCUAAGCCUUGCCGCCCAGCGAGAACGUCUUCCGAUCCGGCAGUACCGCGAUCAGAUACUCUACUGUCUCGAGAACUACCAAACGUUGGUACUGGUCGGUGAAACCGGUUCCGGCAAGAGCACACAGGUACCCCAGUACCUGUACGAGUUCGGAUGGCACAGCAAGGGCUUGAUUGGCGUGACCGAGCCUCGCCGCAUCUCGGCUAUAACGCUUGCAGAUCGGGUGGCAACAGAGCGCGGCGAACUCAGUGGCGAAACGGUGGGCGUUUCCAUACGGUUCGUAUCAAAAUGUAAUCCCGACACGACCAAGAUAAAGUACAUGACGGAAGGAAUCCUACUGAGGGAAAUGCUUGCCGACCCGUUGCUGACGCAGUACGGAGUGAUUAUGGUGGAUGAGGCACACGAGCGGAGUGUCCUGACGGAUACGGUGCUAGGGCUGCUGAAGAAGAUUGCACGCAAGCGGCCCUCGCUGAAGAUAAUCAUUUCGUCAGCUACGGUGGAUGCGGAAUUGUUCCAGGAGUUUUUCAAUUUGAAAAAGAAGAAAGACGAGAAAGACUCCUCGGUCAUUUUGACUGUAGAAGGGCGGAUGUACCCAUACGAAGUGUUCUAUUCAGAAGAACCAUGUCCAGACUACGUCAAGGCCACCGUUGCAACAGUGAUGAAGAUCCACCGAAACGAGCAGCGAGGUGACAUUCUUGCAUUUCUAACUGGACAAGAAGAAGUGUUGAAGGCACUGGAUCUAUUGAGAGAGCACCAGGAUGCCAGCGGAAAGGACGAUAUGCUUAUUCUUCCCAUGUACGGAACCUUACCAAACACGGAUCAACUGAAGGUGUUCUUCAGUGCUCCAAAAGGGAUUCGUAAAAUCAUUUUGGCAACAAAUAUUGCUGAGACUUCCGUCACUAUUCCUGGAAUUGUCUAUGUAAUCGAUUGUGGCAUCGUCAAACUCAACUGGUACUCAGCCGAUAGUACCACGAACAGCUUGGUAGUAGUUCCCACGAGUAAAGCUGCUGCAGAGCAGCGAGCCGGUAGAGCAGGACGCAUUCGCAGCGGUAAAGUGUAUCGUCUCUACACCGAAGAUGAAUGGGAAAAGCUUCCCGACCACACACCUCCGGAAAUGCGUCGGACAGACCUUUGCAGCACAGUUCUUUUCCUGAAAGCUCUCGGGAUAGACAACAUUCUGAGGUUUACGUUUCCAUCGCCUCCUCCCGCAAAAAACCUGCUUGCUUCACUAGAGACUUUAUAUGCAUUGGAAGCUCUCGAUGCAGAUGGAAGUCUUACGACACCAGUCGGAUAUUUCCUAGCGGAAAUGCCAUUCAACGCAAUGCUGGCGAAAAUGCUCUACAACGCCGGAGAAAUGGGUUGUUCAGAGGAGAUACUGACCAUAAUAGCUAUGCUACAGGUGCAAUCGGUAUUUUCCAAACCGGUCAGCGGACAGGCAUCGAUUCGCGCCCGUAUUGCUAAACGGAACUUCGAAGUCGCUGAAGGCGAUCUAAUCACCCUUCUAAAUGUCUACACAGCGUUCGUAGAUAAUGACAGAACCAAGGAAUUUUGUGGGCGUAAUUUUCUCAUUUAUCGGAAUCUGAAACGAGCCCAUGAAAUCAAAACUCAACUAUGCAGCAUGUUAGAAAGAGAACUUAACAUUCCAUUGCUGUCUUGCAAUGGAAACGUCGAAACCAUUUGCCGCUGUAUAGUUUCGGGAUUCUUCCCUUACGCUGCUUAUCUACACCAUUCCGGGGUCUACAGAACAGUUCGAGGAAAUACCGAACUUGCAAUCCAUCCCAUUUCAUGUCUGUACACGGAAGAGCAGCCCCAGUGGGUCAUAUUUUGCGAGCUGAUGCACACCACAAAACUUUUCAUGAAGGACAUUACAGUUAUCAAGCAGGAAUGGCUAACAGAGCUCGCACCGCAUUAUUACCAUAAAAUUACCGUUAGGGAUCGCUUCAAUUAGAGAAAAAGUAAUAGGAAUCGUUCGAAGAAAAAUGCUACAAAUAAAUGUUUAAGAAAUUACAAAUCUUA